AUGUCUCUGCUCGCUGCCGCCCGCCGUGUGCCCCGAGCGACCAACACGUUCCGUGUGGCAAGGCGAAAUUUGGGCGAUGGUGUGGCAGGGCCCGGCAUGUCGGACUUUGGAGCAAAUGCGAAGUUGGCCAUGAGCUUCUUCACUAAGCCGGCGAUGUCCUACCCGGAGUUCAAGGCGCAAUGCGUGUCUCUUCGUACCUUUGCGUUCGCUGGCGUGUGCGGCUACUGCGUGCUGUCGUUGUGGUGGUGCCCUCCAAAGUCCUCGUACUGGAUCAGGUACUCUCCAUCCUAUGCUCUGGCCUACAUCAAGGACACUGUCGUGGGUGCUACGCCACCCCUCUUCCUCAGCGAGAAGGUGGAGUUCGAGACCAAUGUUCCCGAGAUCGCGAAGGAGCUGAUCACAACACGGCGACUGCUCUCUGGGGGCAGCGACAGCGAGGAGGAGCACUGA